AUGACUGGGGAAUUCAACGAUAGAGAGUUUAAGGACGUUAUAUGCUUAUUUGAUGUGGAUAAUACACUUGCGCCAGCGCAGAGGAUUAUUCGGAAUGAUAUGAUAGAACUUAUAGCAGAACUCAGAAAGAAAUGCGUCGUAGGCUUCCUGGGAGGAUCAAAUUUAGCAAAAAUAACAAAUCAACUUGGCGGUUCUCAGGAGCUUAUGUUGAAAUCGUUUGAUUACGCUUUUGCAGAGAAUGGUUUGACUGCAUUUAGACUAUCGAAGCCUAUAGAGACUCAAAGCUUUAUCGAAUUCCUUGGAGAGGAACGUUACAAGAAACUCGUGAAUUUUUGCUUACAUUAUAUUGCGGACAUUGAUAUACCCAUCAAGCGUGGUACGUUUAUCGAUUAUCGUAAUGGUAUGGUCAAUAUCAGCCCGAUAGGGCGUAACGCUAGUAUCGAAGAGAGGGAUAUAUUCGAAGCAUAUGACAAAAAAUUUAAUAUACGACAAACUUUUGUCAAAAAACUCAAGGAAGCAUUUCCAGACUAUGGAUUGACAUACUCAAUCGGUGGUCAAAUUAGUUUUGAUGCAGUAAGUUGGGAUAAGACGUACGCUCUAAGGCAUAUAAAGGCUGACAACUUUAAAAUUAUCCACUUCUUUGGAGAUAAGGGUGGAAAUGACUAUGAAAUAUACAACCACCAAGAUACGAUAGGCCAUGCAGUUACCGGCCCUGCGGAUACUAUUACCCAGGUUCGGGAAAUAUUUAAAAUUUGA